UACAUUGAGCUGUCGGGUUUUCGACCUUUGCAUUCUUGGAUCGAUGGGACUUUGUUGCAAAGCCUCGGACUCGCCUGCGAGGGACGGCCGACCAGCGGACUGGAUUUUCCCGUACGCCCUAUAGGUCCAGCAGAGGAAGACCUCAUUCAAGCCCUGAAGCAAGCAAGCAAGCAAGCAAGCAAUACAUGCCACAUCUGCAGUAUCCUUACAGAACCAGCUGGCUCCCUCCUCUGGCUCUUGUUGAGAACGAUCACCGUUGCAAAGACAUUGCACAACCACAUUUUCUAUGCGGAAGUGAGUCCCCUCCACAAGGCUGUCAGACACGCUCCCUCUACCGCUGCAAGGAGCUCUCCCGGUCCUCACAUUUCUGCGCACAGGCCACAGAAACAUGAAUCGCUGCGUCGUCCUUAUAAGGCCGCCGCUUCCUCUUUAAGAAAACCACUGACAUUUGAACUCCUCGAACGUCGUUUGUCUUCCCACUUUGAUCUCGGUCCAAGUCAGCUGGAGAGCAGAUUUCGGGGGCUGGUCAUGGUGUCCGGUGAGAAGGUGUGGGACCCCCUCCAUGUGGGCCUUCUUCAGUCACGUCUGAGCGAGCAACACCUGGCUACUGGGCUAACUCCCCUCUGCAACCUCGCACAUAGUGCAACUAAGGACACCGCGUGCCACCAGAGUCAGCGGCCGUCACCUUUGUCUUCCCUGCCGCUGUCAUUAGUGGCUGUAGACACCCUUAAUCCAGUUCGGACCUCCUCACGGUUUCACCCCACGCCUGUCAAUUACUGCGGCUCGAGCAAGAUCGACCACUGUCUUGGAGUGGCCUCUCAGCCUGACGACGACGAAGGGGAGGAGGAGGAAGGGGAAGCUGAGCAGUUGGAGAUGAAAGGUAAAAGGCAUGGGGGCCGGGGAGAGGCCAUGAUGGAGGACAGGCUGGAGGACAUGGCUGAUGGACCUAAAAAUGCAAAAAUCACCCUAAGCUUCCCACUCAGCGCCGCCCCCCUUCCAGCUUCACUCACAUCUCCAAACCAUUGUCGUAGCUCCUCCUCAUCGUCCCCUUCCCCUCACCGACGGCGGCCAUCCUCCAAGAGCUCCGAUGAGGGCUCGCUGUGGAAACUGGAUGCUACCAUGGACGUAAAACACAGACCUUUUAAACCCCCGAGGCACGACACGUCUCCGUCCUCUUCACCGUCCUCCUCCUCAUCUCCCAUGACUGUUCAUGCACUCAUUAGGAAGGAUAUAAAAUCCCCGCCUCCUCUCAAGUGCUCCAAACUCAAUCCAGAGACUCAGUUUCACAGGUCGCCUCCGAGAUCCUCCAGCGGGUCUUUAGGGAGCGGUUACGGCGGUGAUGGAUGGGAUGAGAGGCACAGGUUGGCCAACGGUACAGCCUCACCUUCUCAGACUGCCCAGAUCCUCUUCAGUCUGGGCACGUCAGCCUAUCAGAGAGGCGGGGACGCAGAGAGGAGAGAGAAAAUAACAGGACGACCAUCUGGGAAAGUGGGAAGCCCUCACGGACCAAGUCUACACCCACCCACCCUUCACCUUCCUCCCCCCUUACCUCCACCCCCUCCUCCCCCAUCCGAGGGCCUCACCGCACCCCCCCACUCGUCCUCCUACUCCCCUACCGACAGCCUGAAGCCCGAGCUGAUUUGCGGGGUUUGCCAUCGGCUUUUCAGCUCGGCCUCCUCCCUGACGGUCCACAUGCGGCUGCAUCGUGGCAGCCGCGCCCUCAGUUGCCGCUACUGUGGCAAAGUCUUCAUCCACAGCAAGAGACUGCAAUCCCACGAGGCCUCCUGCAGGGUGGCAGGCCUACCCUCCAACAGCCUGGGCCCUCCGUCACUCACCGUGCAGCCGAAGGAGGAGCCGCUCGAGGAGGGCGAGGUGAGAGUGGAGGGGGGAGUGAUUGUGGGAGAAACAGACAUCGGUAAGGCGCGGCCAGGGAAGAAAGCGCGGAGCCUCCUGGCACGUAUCCAAGGUGAUGAUGCAGCAGCCACAGAGCUACUGGAGGGUGAUGAGCACCAUUUUGUGAAGGUGGUAGAUGGCAAUGUCAUUUACUUCUGCUCCGUGUGCGAGCGCUCCUACAUGACUCUAUCCAGCCUGAAGCGUCACUCUAACGUACACUCCUGGCGCCGCAGAUAUCCAUGCCACUACUGCGACAAGGUCUUUGCCCUGGCCGAGUACCGCACAAAGCACGAGGUGUGGCACACGGGAGAGCGCCGCUACCAGUGCAUCUUCUGCUGGGAUGCCUUCGCCACCUACUACAAUCUCAAAACACACCAGAAGGCCAUUCACGGGAUUAAUCCCAGUCUCAUCUCCAGUGAAAAGACAGCUAACGGGGGUUAUAAGCAGAAAGCGAACGCCCUCAAGCUCUACCGCCUUCUCCCCAUGCGAUCCCAGAAGAGACCCUACAAGACCUACAGUGACAGUUUGCAUAAUGGCCUUCUACUGCCACCGACCGAAACACCUUCCCUCUCCUUGCCUGGCCUGGGCUGUUCUCUGGGCCCUGGGGACCUACAAAGCCUCAUCAGUGGGGCCCACCCUCAGAGUGUAAAGCCUGACCCAGAUGCCUUCCCUGAUGGCUUCCCUGUUUCUUUGGCGGCUGAGCACAGGGACCUCACCGCAUCAACACCCCUCCCCCAAAUGGACAUGCCCCAAGUUAGAAAACAUGACAGUGAGGCCCCAGAGUUAGAGCAGGGGAGAGGCAGUGGGAGCUUCAAAAUGUCUAGUAGCAGCAGCAAAACCAAAACUCCCAAGACUAGCAGAGGCACAGAAACAACCAUGCCUUCUGUGAUAACAUACGGCCAUACGAAACCGUCUGUCAUAGUUCAUGGCACCGCCGUCUCAUCCUCUGUCAUCGUGCAUAGCAACCAGGUCACCUCCGGAAGUGAAAAAAGCCCAAUGAACAGCCCGUCCCCUGAAACCAGCAGCAUCAGUCAGACUUCACACAAAGGCAGUCCCAGGCCGAUCAAGAAGCAAAGAGAUAGCGCAGAUAGCCACAGAAAGAGGUCAAGAGACAGUUCAGACACCACAGAGGAGCGCUCAAGAGGUAGACAGGACGCAGAGACAGGCAGAUUAUUUCACAAAUCACGCAAGUCCCACAGCAAAAGUGACAUCUCCAACUCAAAGCAGCUGUCAGCAUCUGUAGGGUCACAGGUCAAAGAGGCAGGGCCCCUGUGCCAGAUUACUGUGCGUAUUGGGGAGGAAGCAAUAGUGAAGCGCAGCAUCUCCGAGACAGACCUGAGGAGAGACAAGAGCCUUUCUCCCCCCAAAAACAAACGGAGUGAAACAUCGUCUGUGCGGGAUGCCAAGGAACCACGUCACUCUCACUCCCACCAUCAUCACCACAAACACCGCCUCCACCGCAGAGCCAGCCUGGAAGCAGAGGGUGAUAAGGAAGGAGGAGAAUGUGAGGAGGAAGAGGAGGAGGAGGAGGAGGAGGAAGAGGAGGAGGAGGUCAGGAAAAAGAGCUCCAAGUCCCCCGACGGAGUGAGGGAGUACUACUUCCGUCAGGAGGUGCGAGAGCAGGACAGUGACAAUGACACAGAGGAUAAUUUAUGGCGGCCUUACUACUCCUACAAGCCUAAGAGAAAGGCCCAAGCGCACCUACAGAGGGUCAAGAGCUGGCAGAGAAAACUGAAGUUCAAGCGCUCCAUCCGGCUGAAGAGGAGGGCAGAGAGGCUCAAGAACCACGUGAACAAAGACACGGACAAAUCGCAAGAUGAGGAAGAGGACGGGAAGAUCGAGGAAGCCGAGAAAACGUCAAGAACUAACAGAGACAAGGGAGAGAGGAAAAAGAAAGACUAUCUCUCGGCCCCUUUAAAGGAGAAAAACAAAGAUGCAGAGGAACAAGUUAAGGAGGCCUGUCACGAGGUUUCCACUCCUCUGCACUCUUCAAAGCCUCCUGUGUCUACCUCAGUGGCUCCUACGGGAAUAAAGCGGCGGCCUUGGACUAAUGGGAACGCAGCAGAGUGUGGUACAUGUGGCCGCUGGUUCUCAAGCCCCAGGAAGCGAGACAAACACGAGCUGAGCCAUCUGCUCGAGUUUGUAUGCCUCUUCUGCCGAGCCACUUUCCCCUCAAGGGAUAAGUUGGAAGACCACCAGAGAGCGCAGCAUCCCAAGCCCACCGAGGCGCCCUCUGUACCCCCUAAAGUGGCACUUGGCGAGCAAGUCGAAGGGGUCGGUGUUAAAUCUGUGCCCGAGAUCGCAAAGUAUGAUGAAGAAAGGGGGGGGCAAGUAGGCUUAGCAGGGUGUAACUCUAGUCCGAGUCGCCUCAGCAGAAGAGCAUUAUCACGACACACCUGUCCACAGUGUCACAAGGUGUGCAAGACGUCUUCAGCGCUAACUCGCCACAUCCGACGCCACGAGUUAAGCAGUUCACCAGAGAGAGAAAAGGAAGAUAAAGACCCAGAGCCAAAAACUCCAGAAGCAGUUGUUAACAGAGACUCAGAGACUAAAAAAGGACAGACUACCAGUGCUCUCUCUGUUUCAGUCAUCAGCUAUUCAACACCUGACCCGCCCGGCAGCGGUGACUGUUUGGCAUCGCGGCAGCACGAGGACCACCUCAGUCAGCUGACGGAUGAACAUCGGAUGUCAGGAUCCGGCGAUAAACCUGAACACGUGAACUUAAACCUGACAGAGCUCACACAUCACGCUCCAGAGAGAGAGCCCAGCCCACAAGUCACAGUCCCUCCAUUAGAAAGCCCGGUCAACCUUACACCCACUAAACACGAAUUCACGCCUGCCGCGCCCUCUGCUCUCCACAGUGUGCUAGUCAUGAAUGGGCCCGAAUGUUUGGACUACCGCACCCCCAGCAAAAAGAACCUAGACAGCCAGAUCCACAGAAUACCCAGCCCUGUGCACAUCGUGGCAUCCACCAACACCUCUCCAAAUGUGCCUGUGACGUCACAGACCAGAAUAACCACUGCUGCUCCUCCUGUUUCCAUGACAACAGCUCUGAGCUCCGAGGGGGGAUUCAUGAAACGGGAUGGGGUCAUUAUGGACAGAGAGAGGCAGGGCGGGAACGGUUUAUUUCUGCGCACAGGUUACGAGGAAUCACCUCUGGUCCAAGAUCUCAGAGUUCAGUCGCUGUCCAGAAGUCCCUCUCCCAACGAAGCACAAGACCUGACCAUGUCCUCUAUUCUAGCUAGAGAGAGGGAGAUAGAGAGGCAACGAGAGAAAGAGAGGGAGCUGGAGAGACAGAGAGAGAGGGAGAGGGAGAAAGAAAUGGUGAAGGAGAGAGAAAAAGAGAUAGAGAGGGCCCCGCAAAUGAGUAGAGUUGCACACGCCCCAGAGGAGCAGAUUUCUCUGUUGGUCCCUAAAGAGGAGCCCUUGAGUCCUGUGCCGUCCCCCCAGCAUAUCCCCACUCAAACCACUAUGAAUGGACCCUCCUCACACAGGCACACUCCCCACAAGUCCCCCUGCCGGUCCCCCUCAGCUAUCGGACUGUUAGCUCAAGCCAACCGUCAGGUUCACUCCAGUUCACAGGGACUGGACAGGCUCACACUGCCCACUGGAGCAGCUGGUGCCGGUGACCGCCCCUCUGCCCACGCUCUGCUUCUUCCUCGAGCUCCCCAACCACCUGAGCCGGAGCACCAGGACACUGUUUCUUCCAGAGAUUCCCAGCAGGGUGACGCCACCCCGGUGGGCUACCCUUCCCAGAAUUAUCCCCUACCCCUUAUUGUGCCAGACAGCUACCGCUCUGGUAAGAAGCAGGAGGAAAACCUGCUCAUGUCCUCCUAUCCUGCUGGGGCUCUUCCCUUUGGCCCACUGGGAAAAAUGAUGGUUCCUAAUGGCGGGGAUCUGGCUAAGCUGCCAUUUUAUCCGGACCCUUACCAGCUGCUCUACGGCCCCCAGCUGCUGGCUUACCCUUACAACCUGGCGGCUCUUCCUGUGGCUCUGAACAUGAUGGCACCUGGAGGGGACAAGGUGGAGCCUCUACCUUUUCUCCCCGCCAUCUUCAACUACGCCGCCACCGCUGGACCCUACAUGGGCGCAGCCCCUCACCCACUGGUGGCGAAUCCCAGCCUCUACAGCGGCGGCAGCGGCGGCGGCGGCAAGAAGCAGCGAGACAGCAGCGGCGGCAAACCGUAGGACACAGAAGCACUAUAAGGAAUAUAUUUCAACGGGGGACGGCCUGGCCUGUUUAGGAUGGGGAGCGGGAGGGGUGCGUUGCUCACUGGGUCGCCGAGUACACUCGCACAGUACCCCUGCCUCUCUUUUAUUCAGUAGAGAUCAGAGCUAGGCAUUAAAUCAGGAGGCGAUUGAAGGGAGAAGGAGCAAAGAAACGGGGGAGAGCGGCCGAUAUCACGGUGACUUAUCACGACUCCCCUCCUCUCUUUCCUCUCGCUCACCUUCCUUCGCGUCUCUCCUGUCUUGCUGUAGUGUGUCGUAGUUCUAGAGCUUGAUUAAUCUUCCUCUCUGACUCAUUAUAUUAUCUAUAAGAAUAAGAACCGCUAACAGGGUGUGUGUCGUGUGAAAAAUUAGUUCAGUCCGCUUCCCUUUAUAGUCACCGCAUAACGAGGAUAAACGCUCUUCAGGGAAGGCUUGUGUGGGCAAGGAUAAGGGACGAGACGAGAAGGGUCCUUACUCAACACGGUUGGAGGUGGAGCAUUAAGUUUUGCGUAUGUUUGUACGAGCGAAUGAGAACGCAGGCGUGCACCCUGUUGUCAAAACUGUCCAUGAAAGUUAUAUACGAGCAUGCAUACAUGCACAUGUAUGUCGGGGGUUCGUGCAUGCAGAGGUGGACUUUAGCAGGUAUUACUGUGUGAGUGCGUGUGUGUGUGUGUGUGUGUGUGCCUGUGAGUGAUGAAGUAUGUGCGUGAAUGGCUAGAUCAUUCCCGUGUGAGACGCACACAGCAUUCCUACUCCAGUUGGGAUAGCUACUGUAGGUCAAUGUGUAGAAGUGCAUUUAGAAAUCGACUCCUCAUAUCCAAAAUCAUUAAGAAGUCUAUGGCUGGACGCGAGUCUACGACAAUGACAGAUCACCUGAGCUUCAAAUGUCUCAACUAACCGACGGCGACUUUGUGGUCAGCUGACACUGUAGGAUCUGUAUAGCAUUCACCAUAGUUUAUACCUUAUGUGCACAAAAUAGAAAAAAAAAGUAGUGGUCACUUAUAGGGGACACUUGUAGCUGCUUUGGAUAUGUAGCUGGCCACUGGGUAAGAAUUAAAGGCUGGUAGACCAUUGCACUUCCGUUUUUUUUUCAUCUCAUUUCCUUCACGUAGAAAAGAAAAAAACAAACGAAAAAAAAAAACCCUUAAGGAAAAGAAUUAAAAAAACCAGUCAGCCUUCAUCUUGCGUAGCCUUUUCCUCUUUGAUUGGAAGAGGAAAAGGCUCCAUUUCCUAAGCCAGGAAGAAGAAAGCAAUAGCCGAGGAAGGAAAAAAGAAAAAAAAAAUGGAUUCAGGGUAUUGAGUUAUUUCUGGAUAGGAAAAAAAAGAAAUAUAUGGGCACAAAAACUGUUGGACUCUUGAGUCGGGAAGGCCCCACAGAAAUGACUUUUUUUGGGGGGGGGGGGACAGAAAAACGUCGUCUCGCUCCCAAAACUGAGGGGAGAUUGGAAAUAGCCUGAACUGUUUCCCCUCCUGCCCUGUGUCAUUUACUAAGAGGUAGAAAAAGGCUGAGCUUUAGCAGCCAAAGUGGUGGCCGAAAACUCCCCAGCUGCCCUCCUGGGGGGGCCUAUUCUUUUUUUUUUUGUUUUGUUUUGUUUUUGUUUUGUUUUGUUACGUGUAAUGUUAUCUCUAUAUGUUUGUUUUGUUAAACUAUGUUGUAUGUUUAUGUUGUUUAGCCCUCUUACCGGAUGGAAAAUGGGUUCAGUGAAAAAAAAGAGGGGAGGAGUUAAGCUUAAAAAUAUGAAUGUAAAUUUAGUCAUGAGGUUAAUGAAGUACAGCUGCAUUAAUUGGUAGAGUUGGUUUCAGUUCCGUUUUUUUGUUUCUGUUUUGACACAAAUAACCUGUUAAAGAACCGUAUAACGUCUGGUAUGCAUAUAUACAGUAGUCCUAGGAACAUGUCAGUAAACUUGGGUUCUGUAUCCACAAAGCAUGAGCAACACUUUGCUUCCUAACCGUUUAUAUCCUCAGCAAAUCUGGCAUUGUGCGCACAGCUUUUUGUUUCCUUUUUUUUUUUUUUUUUCAAUAUAUAUAUAUUUUCUGGCCUCUUCUUCAUCUUCCAUAUCUCUGUUUAAAUUUUUUUGUUAUUCAUUAUAGAUCGCACACACACACACACACAAACAAAAAAAACACGCAUUUACAUCUCAGUCACUAUUUAGGAGCUGUUUGAUUCUCCCUCUUCCCUCAAGCAUACACUCACGCAC